AUGGAAGAUGGACGCAUCCCUGAUGCAAGCAUAACGGCGUCGUCAGUGCAUCCCAACCCGGCCGAUUUCGGACCAACCAGGGCUCGGCUGAACCUUCAAGUCACGAGCGGGGCCGCAGCCUGGUGUAGUGCUCCUAGAGCUAGUGAUUCGAAUCCAUGGGUCCAAGUCGACCUCGGUUGCAAUGCGACCAUCACUGGCGUUAUCACGCAGGGGCGCGGGGAACACCAACAGUGGGUGACAGAGUUCAAAGUGGCCUACAGCGACGAUGGGCAAGAAUGGACUGACGUCACCGAUGAUGGAUCAAGAACAACGAUGAAGUUCCCUGGGAACUCGGACCGAAACACCCACGUGACCACCACUUUCCCGAAAGCCUUCCAGGCCAGGUUCCUGCGUAUCCUGCCUACUCAGUGGUACAAAUACUGCUGUAUGCGCAUUGAGGUCAUCGGCUGCACAAUUAACAAGUAA